UGACCUAGGCCUCUAGCCACAGCAGCCUCACCACUCAUUUCCCCUGGAACUGAGGUGGCAUACCUGGGCUCUCCAAAGAGGGAGGUGAUGCAGGGAGGGGAAAUCCCACCUGCUCUGAGUCACCUGCUAGUGCAAAGGGCGGGCCUUACAGUGCAGGGACCUUAAAAAGAGACUGCGAGACAAAAAGGAAGAAAGCAGGAAGCCACUUAGAAGUCAGACUUCAGAGUUAGACUCAGAGCAAAAGGAGGUUGAUAGAGGGUCUAGUGCAGAGCACAGAGCCAGCCAGAUCUGAGAAGCAGGCAACAAGAUGCUGGAUUGCAGAGCAAUAAUACUCCUGUGGCUGUUGCCCUGGGCCACUCAGGGGCUGGCUGUGCCUAGGAGUAGCAGUCCUGACUGGGCUCAGUGCCAGCAGCUCUCCCGGAAUCUCUGCACACUAGCCUGGAGUGCACACACACCAGUGGGACAAAUGGAUCUACUAAGAGAAGAAGGGGAAGAAGAGACUAAAAGUGACGUGCCCCGUAUCCAGUGUGGUGAUGGUUGUGAUCCCCAAGGUCUCAAGGACAACAGCCAGUUCUGUUUGCAAAGGAUCCGCCAAGGUCUGGUGUUUUAUAAGCACCUGCUGGACUCGGACAUCUUCACAGGGGAGCCUUCUCUACUCCCGGAUAGCCCUGUGGACCAGCUUCAUACCUCCCUACUGGGCCUCAGCCAGCUCCUCCAGCCAGAGGAUCACCACUGGGAGACUCAACAGAUGCCUCGCCUGAGUCCCAGCCAGCAGUGGCAGCGUUCUCUUCUCCGUUCCAAGAUCCUUCGCAGCCUCCAAGCCUUUCUGGCCAUAGCUGCCCGGGUCUUUGCCCACGGAGCAGCAACUCUGACUGAGCCCUUAGUGCCAACGGCUUAAGGAUAGUGCCCAGGUUCCCAUGGCUACAGUGAUAAAACUAAUCCAUCAAUGCAGACAUCUGCAAGCUAAUUAACCCAUCAGGACUUUUGCUGUUCUUGUUUUGUAUGUUUUGUGUGAAGGGCAAGGACACCAUUAUUAAAGAGAAAAGCAACAAACCCCAGACGGCAGCUCACUAGAGGGAGGAGAUGGAGAAGAGGAAUCAAGUCAAGCCCUUGGCCUUGGAAGCUGGCAGACAGCUGCAUGGCAGAAGGGGAAGGGGGUGGAGACAUCGGAGAAACUGUGAGAAGCCUGGAGCAUCAGGAAAAGUGAGCCUAGGCUUUGGCCAGAAUCUGUAAGUAAAACAAGAAAAAGGGAAUGUUAUACUUUUCUGAGUGAUUCGGGGAAAUGUGAAGACUCACAGUGCUCCAGACGGAAGCUCUGUAACUGCCUGCUUAGUCCUUCAGUUCUAACAGAACCCAGCACUAAGAACUAACAGAACUACCAACAUGGACUGACUCGCGAUACCGACCUGUGACAAAGCUGCGUAUUUAUUAAGUGGGAAGGGAAAUUUUGGUAUUAUUUAUCCUUGUAACAGUUUAGAGGAUUGUUAUUUAUUAUAUUUAUGAGGAAUUAUGUAUUUUUUUAAUAAAGAUUUAUUUAUGUG